AUGGGUGAGAAGUUAGCUAACACAAUGAACCUGGACUUGAAUCUAGGCCCUGAUCCUGAGUCAGAUCUUCAGACUGGUGAAGGUAGUGAAAGAGGUAAUGAGGAUCUGAAAAUGUGUGAGAACAACGGGGGAGAAGAUAUUGGGGACAGUGUGUCAGAGAAGAAAGGGGAUGUUGAGAAGAACAGUGGCGGUGGUGAUGGUAACUUCUUUGAUUGUAAUAUAUGUUUGGAUAUGUCAAAGGAGCCGGUUCUCACCUGUUGUGGCCAUCUUUAUUGUUGGCCUUGUUUAUUCCAAUGGCUACACAUCUCUGAUGCAAAGGAAUGUCCUGUUUGCAAAGGAGAAGUGACAGCUAAAACCGUGACACCUAAAACCGUGACACCUAUCUAUGGGUGUGGGAACCAUAAAAGAGAAGUUGAAGAGAGUAUAGAUACCAAGAUCCCUAUGAGACCACAUGCUAGACGCAUUGAGAGUUUGAGGAAUACAAUUCAAAGGUCUCCUUUUACAAUACCGAUGGAGGAAAUGAUUAGACGUAUACAGAGUAGGUUUGAGAGGGACUCAACCCAUGUCCCUGAUUUUAGUAGUAACCGCGAGGCGUCAGAAAGAGUGAAUGACCGAGCCAAUUCGAUUCUUAACCGGUUGAUGACUUCUAGAGGAGUUAGAUCAGAGCAGAACCAGGCUAGUGCUGCAGCAUCAGCUGAGGAUAUUAAUGUAAAUCCAAACAUUGCUGCCCCUGAUCUUGAAGGAGAAACCACAACGAGAUUCCAUCCUCUGUUAAUCAGGAGACACCUGCAGUCACAUAGAGUUGCAAGGAUCUCGAACUUCACUUCUGCAUUGAGUUCUACUGAAAGGCUUGUAGACGCGUAUUUUAGAACUCAUCCAUUGGGGAGGAACCACACCCACCAAGAGCUGAACCAUCAUUCUCCUGUUGUGGUUGAUGAUAGAGACUCUUUCUCAAGCAUUGCAGCUGUUAUAAACUCUGAGAGUCAAGUGGAUACUGCAGUUGAGAUUGAUUCCAUGGUCACUCUUUCGACAUCUUUUUCGAGGAGAAGGAAUGAGAAUGGGUCGAGGGUUUCUGAUGUAGACAGUGCAGAUUCUCGCCCGCUUAGGAGGAGGAGAUUUACUUGA